AUGGCAAACCAGCAGAACCCCUACGGCUCCAAUGGACCUCCACCACCAUACUCACAGCAACAAUUCCCUCCUUACGGCCCUCCUCUCGUGAGCUACAACCAACAAUAUCCUCAACAGUCCUACAAUCAAUACCCUCAACAGCCCUAUAACCAAUACCCUCCUCAACCAUACAACUAUCCCGUCCAGCCUCCGGUACAACAAGAUCUCAAACCACCCUACCCUCCCCAAUCCGGCCAACAACACCAGCAAAGUCCCUACCACUCUCCAAAUCUAAGGCCCCAAGCCUCGCCCCAGCACACCCCCUACGGCAGUCCUCUUCCCUCCCCACACGUUUCGCCUUCCUUCAACCACGCCCAACCUGUCCAACAAGGUGGUACCACUGAGCCCCUCAGUCUCCUCCUACCGCGCAGACCAGGCAAGACGGGCGCCAUCCUAAACGCCACUACUUCUGCCGCCCUCUACACCUUCCGCACGCACAGCUGGUCAAAGCCUCACUUGACCCUCACGUCCGCCUCCGGCCAAGACGUGGGGAGCCUGACUAUGCACAGCAUGUCGUCCCGCAUCGAUGCCGUUCUUCACGGGCGUCCCAUAUCGCUGGAAAGUAACGGCAUGAUGCGUAGUGGGCACCAUUUCAAUUCCACGACCCAACUAGGGGCGAUGAAGUGGAAGAAUGAUGGGAUGAGUGUUAGUAAGCAGCUGACUGCACAAGGGGGCGGUGGUGGAGUGGCGGCAGAGGUGGUGGUCGCGAGGUGGGAUGUAAGUACGUGGAGUUUGAAGAAGGAGGGGAAGCUGAUCUUGCAUGAUGGGAGGUUUAGCAGGGGUGUGGGCUUGGAUGAAGUGAUCCUGAGCUUGCUGGCGGAGUUGGAGACGGAUAAGAGGAGUGCUGCUGCUGUGGAAGGCGCGAGUGCUGGGGCUGGGGCGGGGUGUUGA